UCUCCAGGCGCCGAGGGUCACUGGCCUGGCGGUGGGCUGCAGGCGCUGCGGGUCGGGUUCUCUUUGCUUCGGAGGGCGGAAGUGCGCGCAGGGCUGGGCUCUGACCCCGGUGGCCGCGCUCUGCGGCUGCGCGGGCCCUGGGACUUCUGCUCCUGCGCCUCUGCAGAGCGCUGUGAGUCAGGCAGGCAGAGCGCGGCUGAGCGUCUUCCCCCUGUGGAAGCCGGAGCAGAGCGGGCACUUCAGAAGCCACAGCCAACAGUGUGCCAGUUACUUUGCUGAAAUUCUUUGCAAAAAGCUCUGCCAAGAAGCCCUGUGUCACCGUUUGGCUUUGGUUGAAGACAGAACUUAGCAUAUAUGUACUGCUUUACCCACUGGAAGAAUGACAGAUGACAAAGAUGUGCUUCGAGAUGUCUGGUUUGGACGAAUUCCAACUUGCUUUACACUGUAUCAGGAUGAGAUAACUGAAAGGGAAGCAGAGCCAUACUAUCUGCUUUUACCAAGAGUCAGUUAUCUGACGUUGGUAACUGAUAAAGUGAAAAAGCACUUUCAGAAGGCUCUGAGACAGGAGGACGUCAGUGAGAUAUGGUUUGAGUACGAAGGCACACCCCUGAAAUGGCAUUAUCCAAUUGGUUUACUAUUUGAUCUUCUUGCCUCAAGUUCAGCCCUUCCUUGGAACAUCACAGUACAUUUCAAGAGUUUUCCAGAAAAGGACCUUCUACACUGUCCAUCCAAGGAUGCAGUCGAAGCCCAUUUUAUGUCAUGUAUGAAAGAAGCUGACGCUCUAAAGCACAAAAGUCAAGUCAUCAAUGAGAUGCAGAAAAAAGACCACAAGCAACUCUGGAUGGGACUGCAGAAUGACAGAUUUGACCAGUUUUGGGCCAUCAACCGGAAACUCAUGGAAUAUCCACCCGAAGAAAAUGGAUUUCGUUAUAUCCCUUUUAGAAUAUAUCAGAAACUGGGUCUCUCUACAUUGUAUUAUCCUGGCACUAUGCAGACCAAGGUGGGCCUCGAACUCAGAGAGAGAGAUCUGCCUGCCUCAGAGAGGUAUCUGCCUGCCUAUGCCUCUCCAGUACUGGGAAUAAAGACGACGACUGAACGACCUUUCAUUCAGAAGCUCUUCCGUCCUGUGGCUGCAGAUGGACAGCUGCAUACACUUGGAGAUCUUCUCAAAGAAGUCUGUCCUUCUGCAAUCACCCCAGAAGAUGGAGAAAAAAAGAACCAAGUGAUGAUUCAUGGAAUUGAGCCAAUGCUGGAAACCCCUCUGCAGUGGCUGAGUGAACAUCUGAGCUACCCAGAUAACUUUCUUCAUAUUAGCAUUGUCCCCCAGCCAACAGAUUGAUGGAGCAGCUCCUCGCUAGAUGGUGGAAUCACCUUGAGUCAGCAUGUCACCCUCGCUCCAGUCAGGUUCAGUGGAAGCGACACGUGGCGGCCUGCAAGCCUAAGAGGAAGAAGAUUCCAUGAGAGAUAGGGCAGCCGGGCAGGUCUGACUGGGCACCACCACUGCUUUGCUACACUGCCAUCAUUAAACUGAGCUGAAACACAACAGGACCACUGGAGUGUCUUUCCCUCUCAUGAGAUACAAUGCAGCCGAAGCCUUUGCUCUAGGAAAAAAAAUGGAAACGUGCCACAGUUUGUAUUUCUGACUAACAAAUAAGCGGGGUAUUUCCUGAGGUGACCAUGGUUGAACCUUAGUGAAGAAAGUGGAAACAUUGGUUGAAUUUUCAAGAGAAUUAGACCUAAGAAAGCAAAAGAGAAAUUCUGUUAUCAAUAACUUGCAGUAAUUUUUUGUAAAAGAUCAAAUUACAGUAAACCUAUCUUUCCUUAAUGAGAAUUUCCUGUUUACAGUCAGUCUAUUGGUAUGCAAACAAUCUUGUAACUUUGAUAAUGAACAGUGAGAGAUUUUUAAAUAAAGCCUCUAACUAUGUUUUAUCAUUUAA